CACGGCGCCGGGGAAAUUCUGCCCGUCAAACGUUUCAUUCCUUGUCGAAUUCACUGGAGGCGCCUAUUGAGGGAUGGGUGUCUGGUGCCGUUGUCGAUCAUCAUAAAAACACGAAAUUAGAAUCAUCGAAUAUGGCCUCGUCUCUCGCCGCGCAGCUCGCGCAGGUUGCGGCAAAGUCGACCAACCAGUUGGACCUCAAAGCACAGCGCAUUUCGCAUUCGCAAUCUCUCAUCUUCGACCGGAGAGUCGCUACCUCUCAGGACUUUGAUACCAUUUACUCGAUAUGUCACGAAGGCUUUCAAGAGUUAUGUCAGCUCGACCCCCGAUUCACGCCGUUCGAGCGCACUAUCUUCAGCCAACAGAGCAUGUCGGAAGACCGCACGGAGAUGACUGCUGCUCAGAACAAGGAGCUCAACACAGUAUUGGAGGCAUUCUUGGCUCUAGUUGGAGGCAGACUCCUAUUGAGUCCGGCUGUGAAAGCCGUCGACUGGCUUAUCAGACGCUUUAGAGUACAUGAGUACAACACUGAAUUCACCAUUCUCACCUUUCUGCCAUAUUAUACUACUCCUCUGUUCUUGAGACUCCUAUCGAUAGUGCCCGAAGAUUUGACGCCGACGUUCAAAAUCUUGAAUCCGUACAAGAAGAGCAACAUCAAUCCGCCACGCCACCCUCUUCUGCACAGCGCUACGACCAACAAACUAUUCUUUGCUGCUAUCAACAGAUACACUCUCCAAGUUAGCAAGCAGCGGGCGCAUCACCAUGCGCUUUUGUCGUUUUGGGCCGGAAUGAUCACCGAAGCAGUUGCCGGUAUGUUGGACUCCUCACGGUCUGGUCGGCGAGAUCUCGAGAAAGAGAAGCAUGAAGAUGUCAUCCUCAAAGUACUCCCAGUGCUAAACGACGGCUUGGCAAUGAAGGAUGUGUCGGAGCUGGUCAUCGGUUGUUACAUGGUCUGUGUCGUUUUGGCCAACAAGGCUUCGUUAAACGAAGAUUUCCUCGAUUCGCUCAUGGAGGCUGUUGCUGGGUCAUGGACAGAAGAAACCAGAGAGUCAGGCCUCAUUUGCUUGUCUGUUUUGGCGCAACAGAAGCCAGACAUGAGGAUUCCUAAGCGGGCCUUCAAGGCAGUGCUCCGCUUGGAAGAUCCAGUACAGCGGCUUACAGAGCUCUCCACCCAGUACAAAGCAUCUCACCUGAUCCUUGGGCUGGUAGCUGGCUGCGUCAGCGACCUUUCGAGACAAAAGGACUUGGCGCGCUUGGAAUUCCUAUCUCAAAUCUUGAAUGCUCGUCUUCUCGAAGAAACGGACACGGCCAAGGCGAUGUCCCUGGUACUUCACGCCACUAGCCAUGCCCAUAGGGAGGGCGCCUUGGCGCUUGAUGCCCAGACACAGCUUGCUGAGCUCGUGCAGCACUUCAGUCAGUCUGAAUCCCUGCGGCCCAUCUUCCAGAAGGCCAUUGCAGAGUCCCAGCUGGACGUCGCCGCGUUGGAACAUAACUUGCAGAUCGUCAUCGAGUCUGCCCCUGCUCCUAAGGCUCUAGAGGAUGUCGAGAUGGGUGAUGCUGAAAUUGAAGAAGUGGAGGAUCAGUUCCCGUCUGCUCUUGAGUCUCUGGCUGAAAAGAGCUUAGAUGUUUCGGCCCUUAGCGCUCAAACUCUGCCUGUUUUCGAGAGCCUCGUGCAAGUGUUCGCUCUUGGUGUUGGCUCUGAGGAGAAGCUUGUGUCUAUUGUCAGCUUACCGUCCCUUAGGAAGACCGAUGCUUUCAAAUCACCACAAUAUUUCUCGUUCUUGACGAGAGUGUUCACCGGUUCCUAUCCCACUGGCACUAGAGUCGCUGCGCUGAACCUAAUUUCUUCGGCUCUAUCUUCCGCACCUUCCGAUGUCGACCUCCAGGCUUUACUGCCCUUCCUGUUGGUAGCACUUGCCGACCCAACUGAUAGAAUUCGACGCGAGGCAACAGACGUCCUGGCAGCGCUUGGCAGCCUCUAUAAGAAGAAUAAGAAGGCUGAUAUCAAGCCUUGGGCCUAUGACGCCUUGUAUGGCCAACAAACCGAAAAUAUCAAGUGGCUGGCCGGUCGUGACGCACAAAAGCUUGUGGAGCGUGUCUUCCUUCCUGGUUUAGAGGAAUACAUUCUGGAUCAGGCUCAUAUCGGUCGCGUUCUGGAAGCCACGUUACGAGGAUUGUCGACUCCUGAUUCCGCAACGACUGAGAUCAAAAAAUCGCUUCGACUUAGUGUCUUCACAUAUCUGUGCUCUCAUGCUGUACACAUGCCUCUUCUCGCUCCCAAGCUGGGAUUGAUGAAGCUCCUCAACAGGAUUGAUAAGGCGGGUGGCACAACCCGUACCAAGGAACUCGAGCCUCUUCUCAAAUCCUGGCGAGAGCUGAUUGAAACGAAAGCCAAAGAAAACUGUGAUAGGGAGCGUGUGUCGGUUGUUGAGAUGGAUGAGCAGAUUGUUUUGACAGUCACCCCGAAGGAAAAGGAUGCAAUCCUUGUGCUCCUCUCGAACGUGAACCCUUAUUCGACCUCCCUAAGAUCUUCUUUCGUUACUUCAGUCUUCAACCGCAUGAAGGAAGUUUGGGCAUUGGUGCCUGAAGACCGCCAAAUCGAGGCUUCAGAGAAGCUCUUUGAAAUUUCGCUCGAGGAGUCGAAUACUCCACUCGUCAAUGGAUGCAGAGAUGUGCUGCGCAGCGUGCAACUCACGGGACCUGUGCUUCAGUUCUUCCUUCAGAAGAUCCCUGUCUCUAUCACUGACAUGGAGUCUACUGGACCUGCACCGAAGAGGAGACGCACCAGCCAAACUAACAUGGUUGCCAUGACCAUUAAAGACGAAGCUAAACUCAGCAAGCUGAUGGAGAAGAUGACGUUCAUUCUGGAGCUUGUGGACAGCUCGAACCCCGAAUCUCAUCCUGAAUUGGCUGAUGGCCUCUUCCAGACGCUGGCAGCUCUUCACCACUUCAAGUCUCAGAUUCAGUCGGGAAUGAGUUACUUGCUCAGCUUGACUCUCGGUAGCCUCCUGGCCAUUGUGAACAAGUCGAAGCAAAUUGCCAAGGCUCAAUUUGACACCUCAGUCAUCCGAGCUGAUCUUGUCGUCGAUUGCGUCCGUACGACCGAUAGCCCUCAAGUUCAGAACGCCGCCCUUCUGCUUGUUGCUGGUCUGUCAAUCAUUGCCCCCGAGUUAGUACUGCAUAGCGUCAUGCCCAUUUUUACUUUCAUGGGCUCUAGCGUUCUUCGCAAGGAUGAUGAUUACUCCGUCUCUGUCAUCGACCAGACUAUCGAUCAAGUUGUGCCAGCUCUUAUUCAGUCUCUUCGUAACCAGAAGCGUGACGUGGUCUCUGGAACUUCCGAGCUGUUGUUGAGUUUCACCGCUGCCUUUGAGCACAUUCCCGCUCACCGCCGUCUUCGUUUGUUCCAUGCUCUGGUCACUAAACUCGGAGCCUUGGACUUCUUGUUCGCUGUUCUGGCUAUGUUAGCCAAUCGGUAUGCUAUGGACAAGGAUGUUCUCGUUCUGAUGACAGGUCUCGUCUCGGACGCCAGCGCUCCUGUUGAGCUCGAGACAUACAGCAAGUUUCUUGAUUUGGUCAUCGACUCUCUCAAGCCCAAGCCUGGCAUCUCACAGGUUCUGCUUGGAAUCGGAAGUGAUGAUGGCCGUGAACCCCAAAAGGUCGCAGUCGAUUUACUCCGGGCAGUGGCCCAUUUAUUCAAGCACUCUUCGUUGAAGGUGAAAAUGGCCAAGGCUUUUGCAACAGACUCGGACGACCAGACGCUCCAAAUCCGUACUCACUUUUCUCGUAUUCUGGAGAAAGUGCUGUUUAUUGGCGAGUCUAUGCAAAACGUCAAACCUGUCAGCCAAGCGAGUGGGGAUGUUCUCAGCGCUCUAUUCGGCACUCUCUCUAUCGUCGAUUUCCUUGAUACCAUUGAAGUUCUUCUUGAACGCCCUGACGAUGAACUUCGACGUAAGGUUCUUCGACUCCUGGAGGGUCGUUUGCGCCAAAACCCCGAGAGCGAUGGUGUCUCGCAGAACCGCAUGUUGGACUUCCUGCCUACGCUGGUCAGCAUUGUGGAGUCAUCGCCAGAUAUUCUGCUCAAGCAUGCCGCAGUUGCCUGCAUCGACCGCAUUGCAGAGAAGUAUGGUAAAAAAGACCCCUUCAAGGUCGCCAGUGCUGCCCAGGUGGUUGCUGGUGCAUCUUGUAUUGGUCAAGAUGACGAGCGUAUUCGCAUUAUGGGUGUGCUGUGCCUUGCUUCGAUGGCCGAGGUCCUUGGCGAAGCCAUGAUCCCUGCACUACCGGAUGCACUUAGUCGCUCACUGGAGCUGCUUAAGAUGAGCUUGGAAACUGGCAAGGAGAAUGCAAGACUGCACGAUGCUGCCUUGUCGUUCUUCUCCGCUCUCUUUGUUCACAUCCCUUACAUGGUGUCUGCGUCUCACCUCGAUGAAUUCCUUCUACUCUGCCACAAGUCUGCUAUUGCUGAGGAAGUUGAGAAUGAUAGCCGCGAGGAGACCCUUCGACUACUGGCUCGCAAGGUCGACGUGGCUGCGACUUUCGCUGCUGUCGAUCGUAACUGGCAACAUGCCGUGGAAACUGGCGCUGAUGCCAUUCUGGAGACAUUGGAAGUCGUCAGCAUCGCCAUUGAGAAGCAUCCCAAGUCUGCUACCGUCAACAACCUGGCAGUUAUCACUAGCAUUCUGUUCAAGGCGUUUGACCUCCGCCGCCAGCAAGUGUCCUUGGCAUCGAACGCCACUUUCGACCUGUCACACUUGGACGAGAUUGAGGAUGUUGUCAACGAUGUCACCAUCAAGAUGAUCUACAAAUUGAACGACACCACAUUCCGUCCUAUUUUCACCAAGCUUCUGGACUGGGCUACGUCCACUACUGCUAAGAAAGAUACCCAAGGUAGCCUGGCCCGCCUCACGACCUUCUACAAAUUCCUCCAAGUCUUUUUCGGCACCCUUCAGUCUAUUGUCACCGGCUACGCAAGCUACAUCAUCGAGAACGUGGUCAAGGUCCUUGCCAAGGCCAGUCCUUCGAACCAGAACACCAAGAGUCUAUGGUUGGCAACGAUGCGCAUGCUCCGAAAUGCUUUUGAGCACGACCAAGACGAAUUCUGGCAAUCCCCUUCCCAUCUCACCGCAAUUGUUCAGCCCUUGAUCUCCCAGCUCGCCCACGCUACCAACGCGUCUACGGCUGCCAUUGUCAUCGCUGAAGCCGUCCCUGCCAUCACGGAAUUGGCCGUCGCUGCUGAUUCCACCGACAACCACAAGGAACUCAACACGGCGCUGAUGCGUCUUCUCCGGCCCACGGCCGGACCUUCCGGCAAGGCUGUCGCUGGUGGCGAGAACCCUCACACGCGCCUUGCCGCUCUCAAGGCGGAGCAAGCUCUCACCGAACAGCUUGGUGAAGAAUGGCUUGCCCUGCUGCCGGAGAUGCUGCCUUACAUCAGCGAGUUGAUGGAAGACGAGGAUGAGAACGUCGAACGGGAGGUCAGGAAAUGGGUUAAGCAGAUCGAGGGGGUAUUAGGUGAGAGACUGGAUGACAUGCUCACUUAAGCCGGGGAUUUGAAGUCCUGAUCAGGACUUUCUUGUAUGAUGCCGGGUGGCGUACGUUGGAAUGGGGUCUUGUGUAAAUACUUCCUUCUUUGAAAAGUUCCCAGGAUCUGGUUUAUUUUUCUUUACUGAUGUCGAUUGUGUUGGUGUCUCAUAUAUACCUCAUCUUGUC